AUGACCUGUCUCUCGCAAACCGCUUACAUUGAACGCUUGACAGAGAAGUUGGGCCUAGCGUUUGCACGGCGGUCGGCUCGUCACAGAUUCACAACGAGCCCACGGAACCGAUUGAGAAGAACGAAGACAAAAUCAACGAUCCUGCUUUGCCGUACAGAGAGAUCGUCGGCUCCCUGCAGUAUUUCGUGGCCUACACUAGGGCCGGACAUGGUCAAUGUUGUUCGCACGUUAGGACGCUAUUCUGGAGUAUACACCACUCACAACUACAGCAGGCAAAGCGUGCUGCUCGCUACGUAG